GAAGAACUCACGGACAGAAUACACCAAGUCACACACAUGAAAAGAGGAAACCACUGGAUAGGCACUCAGAAAUCAUGUGACCAAUGACUAAGUUAAAUCUUUCCUACUUAUUGAAAGGGAAGUGUCUGAUGAUUGUUUACUUAUCCUCUUUACAUUUUUAAAUUUUUGAAACACUGAAUCAUGCUACCAUUUAUGCUCUUUUCUACCCUGUUUUCUCCCAUAUUUACUGAGCCUGAAGAGCCUCUCUGGAUCUGCAGCUCCUCUGACGCAAAUAUUUCGUACACUUACUGUGAUAACAAGAAAUUCCCUAUUUCAAUUAAUAUUAUACCCUGUUUAACAUUGAAGGGAUCAUCUGGGAGUCUGCAUAUUUUCUUCAUACCAAGGAGGGACUUAAAAAAAUUAUACUUCAAUCUCCACAUAUCUUUCCACUCCAUGAAACUGCCAAUGCGCAAAGAAGUUAUUUGCAGAGGAUAUGAUGAUGAGUAUUCUUUCUGCAGAGCUCUGAAAGGAGAGUCUGUGAAUGCAACAAUCGCAUUCUCCUUCAAAGGAAUACGAUUUGCUAAGGGCCGAUACAAUUGUGUUGCAGAAGCCAUCACUGGAGAUAUUGAAGAAAGGCUUUUUUGUUUGAAUUUUACCAUCGAGCACCUCCCUCAUUUAAAUUAGAAUAAAUUAAGACUAUUUUUUAUUUUUCAAAAA